AUGUUUUCCAAGCUACGAAACUUCUCUGAGGACGUAGCUAAGAGCUUGAAUGAGUUUAGUGCCGAGGAGCAGAGAAAGAAUCCUGUCAAAGAACUACAAAGCGGAAACAAAAUUCUCCAUACAAAGACGCCAGAUCCUAACGAUUUAUCGCAACCACAAGACGAGGCAGAAAUGCCGAUGGAGCAUGAAGAGUCUCUGAAAACUUCAGAGCAAAAGGAGCAGACUAACAUUGACCUGGAUGCGAAACAUGAAAAGACAAUUGAAACUAACCCGGUUGCCCCAAGAAUAGACAAGCCUUCAACUCCAAACGUGAUUUCGGGAAUUGAUCUCGAGACUUUGACUCCACAAGUCCGGGCCAAGAUGAAGAAGUUUGCAAAGUACGAAGAGAAGUAUCCGUUACUUCUCGAGGCAUAUAAGACUGAGAAGAGGAAAAGCGAGUUGAUCGAUAUGUUUGAGAAACUUUUGAGUGAGAACACUCCUAUAUCCAGUAUCUCGGACGCAGGCGUCUUAAUCGACUACCUUAAGGGCCUCAACGAAAAGACCACCAUGCUUAAUGUGGAAAUGCGUCGUCUAUCUCGAGAAAAGACAAACCUUGCAAAAUCGAAAACGGACUUGGAAAAUACGGUUUCAGAUAUCAACCAAAAGAUUAAAGAAUACGAAGCAAAAAUCAAUGAACUUGAGCUGAAUCCAAGUGCUUCGGACCUAACCGUCAACGACCUGAGUGCUUCUUCUGAGAUAGAAGCGCUCAAGCUGCAGUUGAAGACAACAGAAAAUGACUUGGCGAGCCGUAAAUCUGAGAUUGAUGAGCUUAGAGUUUCUCUCACUCAAUUAGAAGAGAGCUCUUCAACUCUUUCUCAAGAAAAUGAACUGCUUCGUGAACUGAAAGCUCGUGACGAAGAGCAGUUAACGAGUCUCAAAUCGGAGUCUGAACAAGCCCGCUCGGAGCUUGAAUCAAAAACGAAAGAGCUCGAAGCCAAAGCUGAGCUGUUAAGGAAAGAGAAGGAUGGAUUGGAGCUAAAAUUAGCGUCCUUGGAAAGCAGCUCAUCUAGCCUCAGUAAACCAGAUGCUUCGGUUGAUGCUCAACCGUCGGGUAAUAAGAAGAAGAAAAACAAGAACAAGAAGAACAACAAGUCUGCAUCAACAAACGUAGCAUCAGAAGGUCCAACCGAUCUUCAAAUCAAAAAAUUGAAGGAACGCAUUGCAGAGUUGGAGGGACAAUUAAGUGAAAAGGAACAGGAAAUAGCAAACGUCAACAAGUCAAAUGAAGUCAAAGAAUUGAGAGAGAAAUGCCAGCUUCAAUCCGAGGAUCUUGAGGAAUUGAGAGACCUGUUACGAGAUGUCGGCGAUGAAUUGGUGCAAGCCAAAGAUCGAAUAAAAGAGCUUAAUGCUCAAGCCCUGGAAAACGGUAAGGCGGAUGGGCAAUAUUCUGAUAUGGAAAAGGAACUUGCUCAAUUAAAGGUCGAUAAGAACGCACUUGAAUCCAAAAUACUUCAAUUCGAAGCGACCAUUAAAGAUCUUGAACAGGAAAGAGCCACGCAAACUUCCAAACAGAAAGAUGUAACUGACAACUCAGAGGAAUUGAGAAACGAAAAUAACAAAUUGUCAGCCUCUGUCAAAGAGCUUCAGAAGAAACUAGAUGAAGUCAAAGCUGAGCUAGAGCGACUGAAGAGAGAAGUGGGAAGCAUUACGUCCGAAAAGGAAGAGUUAAACAAGCGACUUUCUGAACUCGCCAAAUACAAAAGUUCAGACACUUCUCUCAAGCUUGAAGUUUCAACAUUGCAAGUUUCUUUAGAUCAUAAGGAGCAACUGAUCAAGGAACUUAGGAAAGAGGUGGAAAAGCUAACUUUGCGAGAGAAGGAGCUCGCGGAUUCUUUAGCGCUAACCAAGAGGCAAAAAAUGGAACUUGAGGCCAACAACAAAUCAUUGGUGAGUGAUAAAAACGAGUUGAUAACAAAACAGGAGUUGCUGUUCGAGAAGGGUAAAUCUAUGGAGCAGCAGCUUUUCAAGUUGCAAGCUGAAAAACAAUCGUUGUCAACAGAAUUAGAGGCAUUAAACAGAAAGCAUGAAAACGUUGCACGAGAUAAACAGCAUGUUGCUUCUGAGUUACUGACCUUCAAGCAGAGGUAUGAAGAGCUUUAUAUGAAGUCAAAAGAAGCUCAAGACAAAGUUGAUAGCAUGCAAGAUGAGCUUUCAGAGGCACGGAACAUGCUACUGGAGCGUACGAGAGAGUCGAACACAAUUCGAAGAUUGCUCAUGGAUGCCGAGGAAUCUCUCAAAGCGAAAGACGGCGAAUUAAUGGCAGAAAUCCAGUCGUUGAAAGAGGAUAAGGAGCGUGUCGAGGCCGAGUGGAUGAGUGCCAGCAAAAAGAAGCAACGAGAAAUUGAUGAGAUGAAGUCGAUCACCGACAAUUACUUGACCAAGCUUCAAGAAUUGGAGGCGAGAUACAACCAAUUAAAGACAAAGUAUGAUGAUCUUGCGGCCAGCAAAGGAGGAAAUACAAAUGAGGCAAAUGAAGAUUCAGAAGAAGUUCUCGAGACGAUUGAAAUACUUCGCACUUCGUUACGAGACUCGUCCAAGAAGAUUAAAGAUUAUGAAAACGUGAACAGCAUCUUGAAAAAACUCAAUGAAGAGUCCAACCUCAAGUUUGAACGGUUGCUGAAGAGUUACAAGUUGCUCACACAGCAAUAUCGUACCUUGAAAGAGAACAAUAUGCGGUCUCGAGCAAACUCCGCCGCUACAGAGCCCGAAAGUGCUCGAACUUCGGUAGAUUCGCGGCGGUCAAGUAGGAUUUCUGAAGAGGAAUCAAAGCCUAAUUCUUCGACCAAUAUUGCAUACCUCAAAAACGUUUUACUAGGUUUCUUUGAGCACAAGGAACAGAGAGACCAGUUGCUUCCUGUGGUCAAAACGUUAUUCGAUCUAUCUCCAGAAGAUGAACAAAAGUUUUUGGUAGCGUUGAAAUGA